AAGAAGUCAUCCACCAGAACUGCAGCUGUGAGUGGUAAACCAUAUUGAAAAAUUGAGAAGCAGCUCUCUGAUGCAAAGUAUACAUUGCAGUACUUUCAGUGCAAGUUUUCAUCAGACUUCAUUUAUCCAGCACCAACCCCAGCCAGAUGAAGGGCACCUGGAUUUGUUGAAAAGAAUGGAAAAGUUUCAGCUUCGUAAUAAUAUCUCCAUUCUGUUUAACAUUCAGUACUUUGUCUAACUAGAGACAAAAAUGUAUCACUUCAGAUAAAUUACUGUCAAUAUUUUCAUCCACUUAGUCCAGUUUCUCUGGUUCUCUAGCCAUGAUUAUGGACUAAAACCUUCAUAUUUCUCAUUUCAGUUUUAUUUGCUAUGGAAUUUUUUUUGCUAUGCCUGUGUGUAGGGGAACUCAUGACAUUCAUGACCACUUAAGGAUUAAAAUAAUUUACUGAGAAGCUUAACCUGUGCAGUGUGGUGGGUGAAAUUUGGUCAUUAUCACACUGAGGCAUAGACUAGAUCUAGAUUCUUUUUCUUGGCUGUGUUUGUGUGGGAAACCUAUGCUGAAGCAGACUCCUGAAAACGACCGGUGGACUCAUGGAGAGAGGAGGCCAUGCUGGAGCAGCUUUGCUGACAGGACCUGUGAGUCCAUGGAGAACUCAAGCUGGUGCAGUGCAUUUCUGAAGGACUCUACCCCAUGGAAGGGACCUACUCUGAGCAGCAUGUGCUGAGCUUCAGCCCUCAGGAGGGUAUUAUGCUGCAGAAGUUUUGUGGAGGAGUGUGUCCCAUGGGUGGAAUGCCAUAUUGGAGCUGGGGAAGAGAGCAAGGAGAUAGAAAUGGCAGAGGCACUGUGUGAUGAACUUCUUGGUCUCCCUGUGUCACUUGGGGGUGGGAAGUGGUGAAGAAAUCAUGAGUGAGGUUGAGCCCAGAAAGAAGGGAGGGCUGAGUGAAAGGUUUAAGAUUUGGUUUUAUUUCUUACUAUCCUAUUGUGAUUUCAUCAAAUUGAGUCUGUUUUGCCUGUGGCAGUAACUGGUGAGUGAAUUCUCCCUGUCCUACUCUUGCCCCAUGAGCCUUUCAUUAUAUCUUCUCUUGAUUGUCCAGCUGAGGGGAGAGAGUGACAGAGCAGCUUUGGUGGGCACCUGGUGUCCAGACAGGGCAAACCACCACAAGGAGAUAGAUUUGCUGACAGCACAGGAAUACCACUGUCUGCUGCAGUUGCUCUGCCCUGACUUCCCAAUGGAACUCACUGAGAAAGCAGCAAGGAUUGUGCUGAUGGAUGAUGCAAUGGAUUGCCUGAUGUCUUUUUCUGAUUUCCUCUUUGCUUUCCAGAUCCAGUUCUACUACUCAGAGUUCCUAGAAAGUGUGGCUGCCAUUUAUCAAGACCUGCUGGCUGGUAAGAAUCCAAAUACUGUGAUUGUGCCAACAUCAUCCUCUGGGCAACAUCGGCAGCGCCAGUCCCCAAAUGACUGCAACCCACUUGAAGGAGUAGAGGCAUCUCUCUUCUACCAGUGCCUGGAGUCUUUGUGUGACAGAUCAAAAUACAGCUGCCCACCUUCUGCUCUUGUGAAAGAAAUACUGAGUAGCGUGCAAAGAAUGACCUUUUAUGGAUUCCUUAUGGCUCUUGCAAAGGAUCAGGGCAUCAAUCGAGCCCUAGGGGCUCUGCCAGAUAAAGGAGACUUGUUUCUGGACCCUGCCAUGGAUCAGGAACUUGAGAAAUUGGUAGCUCAGGUUUCAGGGCUUUCUGUCUCUGGUCCUGCCAGCUCCAGCACAGAUACAGCAAACAUGCCCGUUCGUAACUCACCCAGGAUUAACUCACCUUGGAAACCUCUACACCACCGUCGAAAAAUGGAUGCUGAGAGUGAAGGCUCCAAUGAAGAGACAGACUCUUCUGAAAACUGAAGGUUGUGAGGGUGGGCACCAUUCCCAUCUUGGGUUUCUCCAGAACCCACUGGAGGAACAGCACCGCCUCCCAGAGCAUCUGCUCUAACAGUGGGUUCUGUCUACAUCAGCAGUGUGUGUGUGGCUGUGCUAAUCCCCAGUGCCGGGUUCACCCAUCUUUUCCCAGGAACAACUUGCCUUUUUCUUAGCUCCAAAUCAGUGCUGGAAUAGCACCUCUGCAGAAGCCAUUUACAGCUAGAGAGUAAUGCUUCCCUCUGCUGGCAGGCAAGACAAGGCAGCAGCUGCUAGUCCUGCCACUACUUGGAACCAGACGGGUACUCUUACUGGGGUGAUCCCUCCCAGUUCCGCAGUUCAGCAGGUGCUGAAGCAGUGGGAGCACCAGUACAGGCCACUUGCCAGUGUUUUGGUAUGUUGCUCUGUUCAGAUUUGGCCCAGAUAAGACUGGUUAAAUCGCCAGCAGCAGCUCUGCACUUGUGUUCCGUUAUUAUUCCCCGGAAAGCUGCAUCUGCAUAUAAUCAAAGGUAAGGAAAUUCCUGACAUUCCUAAAAAAGGGCAGCUUAGUUAUUGCCAUGCAACCUGUCUGCUUUAUGCUUUCUCCUCCAUGUGUCCAAGACUUGCCAAAGCAAAUACAGCAAAUAAGCUAGAUUGCAGUAAGUACUGCAUGGUGCUGUGUGGCUCUGCUGCUGUACUGAGUGCUCUACUGUGAGGUCUCCCUGUCUCUCCAACAGCAUAUUACAGUCAUUUGGAAAAGUGAAUUUCAGAGGAUUUGGAAGAGAGGGAUAGGGUUAAGUUCCUUGGCCACAGGUGGCAUGGCUUGCAAGCGUAUAGAGCAUCUACUGGGGCUGGGUGGGCAGAAGCACUACGGGAAAAGGAAGUAGUCUCAAAGGAGAUCAAAUUGGUUUUUUUGGUAAAUAUUGGUAUUGUUGGAACAGCAGUGUAGCCGUUAAAACUACAGAAGUAAGUAGCAUCAAAUUGCAUUAAUGGCAACCAAACCUCCACAGACCCAAAUGCUUUGUUUAGUCCAGCUCCUGUGCCCCAGCUUGCAUAGACUAGUUAUUUCUUGGGAAACUUCAGUUUCUCAGGCUUCUUUGGGAGUCUCUGUGCUCGUCCUGGUCAUAAAGUGCUGCAGCACGGGCCACCAGGAGCUGGUAACCCAAAGCUUGUAGCAGGGUGCUGGCAGGGUUAUUUAUUUAUUGUAAGUUAAUAUAUUUAUGAUCUGUGCAUUCUCUCCCAGCUCGGUGAGUGGCUGUGACCGCCUGGCAAUAAAGCACGCUGUGUCAGGCCUCUGCUGUGUCUGGGUCUUCUGGGCUGCCUGGCCCUCCUCAUGGGGAGUGGUAUCUGGUGGGCAGGACCAGUGCAGGGCUCCAGCCACCUUCCAGGGCCCCAGGAACCCCUCGCCUCGGCUGGGGAAGGCAUUGGCCCCACACCCCCGAGAACCUGGACUGCCACCAUGCCCUGUAGCUGCACCACCGCUCCCUGCAGACCCAGCCUGCUUUGGAUACUGUGACAUUGACACAACUGUGUCAGAGCACAGACACAAGGAAGACCCAACCCUCACCCUCCUCAUGCCCCACCAAGGUAAAACAUCAGCAUAGAGCAGCCAAGUAACCCUUCCCCUCCUGCCCGCAGCUCCACAGCCCCUCAACCAGACAGGAGAGGUGAAGCCCAUGCAAGCCUCUUCCCAGUCCCACACAGAAGGCUCCAGAAGAAACAGCUGCAGCCACUCUUUUGCUAACAGUUUGUAACUAGCCCUUUCCCACCCUUCUUACUACCUAGUCCUCAACACCACAGUCUAAGGAAAAGCACUCCUUAAAACCAGAGACCAAGCUGAACA